AUGGAGGGAAGCACUGCGCAUCGGGGAGACAGUUUAGAGCUCCAACCGCUGAUAUUUAAUGGCCCUGUUCCUAAACCACAUCCGCCCUGCACUGAUCCCACACCGGAUGAGCAGUACCGCAUGGCUUCUGAAGAGCAAUUGAAAAAAAUGGAAAAGAAGGACCAAAAAGCACCUCCUCCUGAGGAACAACCAGCGCCUGAGGGGGGAACUAAGGGCUCGAAGAUGUCUUCACUAUUUUCAGGCGCCACCCGCAAUAUAUGCAGCAUUGCACAUCAGGUGUCGAGUACAGUGGAGAGAGCUGCUGUAAAGGCAUCAAAUGCAACAGGAAACAAAAUGCGAGAAAUUAACGAGCGGAUGAACCACAGUUGGUUCAAGGAAAACUUCCCGCACUUAAGGGCACAAGGCGAGACACUCGUGGCGGAUUAUCCUUGCUCCGCUAUCCACGGACCAGGUUAUGUUCAUGGACGUGUUUAUAUCACAGCGAACAACCUUUGCUUCAGCACGGGUACGUCCUCUACGUUUCAGCGAACGAAAGACGUACUGAAGGCGGCUGCUUUUUCAGGGGAUGGCAACGAACCAAUCAUACGGCAAAUUAUUCCCUUGGCAGAUAUUGCAAGUAUUCAGCUCUCUGUUCACUUGGAGACAGCGAAUAAGGGACCUCCAUACUUCAUGCUUCUCCCCGCUGAGGUGGUAAUUCCAACCUGCCUUCAAGUAUUCACCAGGCGGCAACAAGUGUUUCAGUUCUUCAGCUUCGGGAAUCGCGAUAAGACAGAUUCACUGUCAGACACUUUGAAGGGGAAGCCGGUGGAGCAAGCUUACAAUUAUAUUGAUCAUGUAUGGCGUGCUGCCACAACAGUUCCACUGCCGGGUGUUCAGUACACUCAGUAA